CCGGUGGCCAAGCAGCAUGGAUUUUUUUUUAUUUGGAUCUAUUUUACUUGCCGCUGUCCCGCUAAGCAAAGUCCGCUUUCAAUACCAUUGCACGUCCGGAUGUGGCAUGCUUAAUACCUUAUCAGCUCUAUCACAUAAUGACUCUUACUCAAAAUACGUAAGUGUCAAGGUGAUAUCACCAUGUUUCUUGACAAUAGAGUUGGUUCGCUACAAGAAGUUAUUUAGUGCCAGAUAAAGGGCCAAGAGUGCAAACCAAACAUAUUCUUCCGUUCUUAACCUAGGCUUUUCUUUCUCAUUUUGACUCUUAAUAAGUUUU